AUGAGUCGGACGGCGGACGUCGUGCUUCUUCUUGUCGCAGCAGCACUAUUUCGAGGUGAGCGCGCGCGCGCGAGUUGUCAAUGGGGCGCGCUUGCAUCCACCGUCGACUCGCAGUUUCUUUUUUCGAUUGAAAACCGGAAUUCUUUGGUUUUUCUCUUAAUAAACACUCAAAUCGUGUUCUUGGCGAACCGUAGGGCGAUUUUCUGAGUUAAAAGCAUCGAUUUAAGCGCGAAACGAAGCAGAUUCGUUCAGAAUUGACCAAAUUGAGGGAUUUUGUCGAAAACUAUUGAAAAAAACCGGAGUUUUAACGAUUAUUUGCGAAUCUUUGCCGGCAUUCGAACCGUCCAGUCAACAAGCAGUUUAUUGCGCAUCUUUUAAGCGCUGAACCGUCGAAAAAUAUGCAGAAUUGAGAUAAAAGGAAAAAAUUCUGUAAUUUUCACAUAAAACGUUUCGAAAUUGAUGACGAAGCAGUUAAAAUUGCAUUUUUUAUUCAUUUCUAAUCAUUUUCACAAGUUUUGACACUGAUUGGUUCUGAAAAGAUGGGGAUAAUGCAAAAAAGAAGGGAAAAUUGAAAUGAGAAACUCUUCUACAACGACGCUCCGAAAUUACGCGUUACGCGCCUUGUUUAGCGCACGUGAAUUGCGUGCCAAGGGAAUUUUUUAUUGGAAGGGGCUGGCUGGGGUUGUUCCGUGACGAUUAGUAUGUACGUGUGAGUUUUUACAAGAACGACAGAGAGUGAAAAGGCUUGCUCUGCUCACUCACAAACCAAUUGCAAACACGUGGCCUUGCCAAGCCAGACAAAAGGAUGCAUUUGGGGUCUGCUGAGCGCUGCGAAUAUUCUCACACUUUGCACCCCGCGCGCGCACACGUUAUUGAGACUUCCAAAUGUCUCCUUCGCUUUCCCGCAUUUCUCCGCGCAUUUUCCAGGGGCCUAGAAUCGCUGAAUUUCUUCAGCUUUUCUAGACUUUUCCACAGCGUCUGGAGCCCUGAAAUUGAGCCAAACGGGGGAAAAAAGUGUCGGGCGGCUCGUCGCUCGCUUCUUCCUUUUUUCUCACUUGCGCUUCACUUGUUUCGUCUCUGUCGUCCGUAUUUGGUUAGUUGAGUGGCGCAGAAUCUCGGGGUGGAUGGAUAAUAGCACGCAUUUUCAGAGGCUUGUCUCAAUUUUCUCCGUGUCCGGAGUCUGUGCGCGUUUUUUUUGUUGCAAAUUUCAACUCAAACUCUACCCCCCUCCCCUUUCUUUGUUUCUUUGACCGUCUUUUUUUCGAAGGCGUCGAAGUGGAAGCGUUUCGGUCGAUGCACCAUGUUGUCGGACGAAAAAAGGUUGGCGCGUGAGAAUUCUGUUCCCUUUUGCACAUUUUCAAUCAAUCAACAUUCAUCCUCAUCCCGCAUUUUCGCCUUUCGGCUCAAAUUCUCUUUUCGCAUCAUAUUUUUCUAGGCGGAUAGUAGCAGAAACGUUUUAUAAGAGCGUUAACUUGUGAACGAGAAAAGCAAUCAAAAAAUGGUCAACUACAAAGUUGAAGCUAUACUUUUGCUCUACAAGUUUGUAGUUGAUCGAUUUUUGAUAUCUCCACUCGUUCGCGGGUUACGGUAGCUUCGAGGCGGCUUGACUCAAAAUCAUCCCAUAACCUAUCAAAAAAAUGAGAAAGCUCAUGAUCAUGUGCUCUCGGUCGGCUCUUUUCGAGGGGUCUCCGCCGAAUGGGUCCCCCGAGGGGUCUAAAAAGGAAAAGAGCCACCCCCCUUCCAACACAUUAUCAAUCUCAAUGUUUAAUCUUGCUCGCGGAGCCCGUCCUUCCUUCCGAAAAGACCUUUUAGUUGAGAACAAGCUUCUAGCAAAACACUUACCGCAUUUUUCCAAAAUUUUGUUCUCGGCGCAAUCUAAGUGUUCAUCUUUUCCGAGAAGCGCUACGGUAGGGCCGAAAUGAAGGCGUCGAGAACGAGAAAAUGGUUAAAAAAUUUUUUUAACCAUUUUCAAAAAUGUUUUAAUUUUUUUGUGAAAUUUUUUUGUGUCUGUUUGAAUUGUCUCCUAUUGCCUCAUACACUGGUGAAAUGCCGCCUCUCAAAAAUGCCAAACGGCCGUGCAGUUGAAGUUGUGGCCGUGGCCUAGCGCCAAUGGCCUAGAAAUACGCGCUUCUCGGCCAUUUCAUUUUUUCCGCUUUUUUACCGGUUUUUUUCCCAAAAAUUAACAGUUUCUCCCAUUUUUCAGUUGAUUGCAAUUUGUUCGGCACUUUCUUAUUUUUUCACUGCUAAAAAAAUUGUUUUCAUUCAGUCGAUACGAAGUCGCGAGUUUUUCGAUUUUAUUAUCGCGAAAAAGCGCGGUAAAAAAGCGGAAAAAAUAAAAUGGCCGAGAAGCGCAUAUUUCUAGGUCAUUUGCGCUAGGCCCCACGGCCACAACUUCAACUGCAUUUUUGAGAGGCAGCAUUUCACCAGUGUACUCAAAAAAAAUUUCACAAAAAAAUUAAAAAAAAAAUUUUCGGGUUCCCUGGUCCUUUAAAUUAAUCUCUUCUUCUCGCGUAAACAUGUCAUUUUUCCCAUUUCUCAUUUCAUUUCGCCCCUCCCCAAAAUCGUUGCCUCUAUUUCAUUCUCGCUCCAUCUUUCGGCAAAAAAGGUUCUUCAGAUGACACUUAUUUCCGCCGUUUUAUUCGCAUUUUUGGUAGUUGCGCAGGAGUGUAACAAUAUCAAAGGUAAUCUGGGCGGUAAAACGGGUCGAAAAACUUGGGUCAUCGGGUCAAACGGUACAGUAAGUGAUGAUCUUACAGUAAUCUGGACGGGUGAUCACGAGCGUCGAUUGUACUCGAAACUGGCGGAGAACUACAAUAAACUGGCGCGGCCGGUGCGCAACGAGAGUGAGGCCGUGCAAGUGCACCUCGGAAUGGACUAUCAACAGAUUCUGGAUAUUGUGAGUUCACUUGUUUCGCUUUUCCCCCCAAUUUUCGCAAGUUGCCAGGACGAGAAACAUCAGAUAAUGCACUCGAAUGUGUGGUUGCGAAUGUCGUGGGUCGAUCACUACUUGACGUGGGAUCCGACCGAGUUUGGCAACAUUCGAGAGGUCCGGCUGCCGAUCAAUAACAUUUGGAAGCCCGAUGUGCUGCUCUACAACAGUGUCGAUCAGCAGUUCGACAGCACGUGGCCCGUCAACGCCGUCGUCUUGUAGUGAGUGGUGAACACGCAAGAAUUUUUAUCUUUUUUAGAAAAUGUUUUCAUGAAAUGUGAUCAACUGACUAAAUGUAUAGCAAAAUAAACUCUGCUCAUUGAAAAAUAAUUGUAAAUUUAGCUUUUCAUACAAAAAAGUUAUCCGUUCCGUCUUCCGUUAGCCCCCUUUUUCACGGAACAACUCGAAUAACUUUUUUGUAUGAAAAGCUAAAUUUACAAUUAUUUUUCUAUGAGCACAGUUCACUUUGCUAUACAUUUCGUCAGUUGUGCACAUUCCAUGAAAAAAAUUUCUAAAAAUUAGAAAAAUUCUUGAGCAUUGAAAAGAGCACCGCUUUCAGCACGGGCAACGUGACGUGGAUCCCUCCCGCAAUCAUCCGUUCGAGUUGCGCCAUCGACAUCGCCUACUUCCCGUUCGACACGCAACAUUGCACCAUGAAAUUCGGCUCCUGGACCUACUCGGGCUUCUUCACCGACCUCGUCAACACGACAAUAUCGCCGGCCACGUACAAACCGAACGGCGAGUGGGAAUUGCUCGCACUCCAGUCACGGCGCUCCAUUUUCUUCUACGAAUGCUGUCCCGAGCCGUACUACGACGUCACCUUCACCGUUUCGAUUCGACGCCGCACACUCUACUACGGAUUCAAUCUGCUGCUGCCGUGUAUGCUCAUUUCGUCGCUCGCCCUGCUAAGCUUCACGUUGCCCGCCGAUUGUGGAGAGAAGCUGAAUUUGGGUGAGUCGGGAAUUAGCUUUACAACAUAUUUUUAAAAUAAACUUAAAAGUGGAGCACUUAUUUUCCCAAAGUGCCGAAUUACGAAAAAAAAUUCCCCGAUUUUAAAGAUUUUUUUUCAAAAAAGUUCAUGGUACCGGCGAAAUGGAAGAGCUGGCCUAGAUUUUUCUAGUCCCCGGAUGGAAUUCCCUUUUCUUCCGAUUUUUUUUCCGUUUUCGUGCAAAUUUCCUAAAUUUUCAAUCGUUUUUUCACGUGACGCUAAAGAAAUCGAUAAUCUGAAACUUUCAAAAUUCAGUAAAAUUUAGACAAAAUUCAGAAGUUCAGAAAAAAUCAGCCACAUUUUUGUAAAACCGAAACUGGGAAGUUUUGGAUUUUUCGCAUUACUUUGAAAAAUCGGACUUUCUGUACAUAACUCGCAAACAUUAAUUAAGACUCAAGAAAUGAUUGAGCGAUCUCUUUCUAUCAGACUUGCAACGGGCCGGGCCGGGCCGGGCCGGGCCAAAAUUGGAAAUUUUCCGGCCCGGCCCGGGAGGAUGCACCUAAAAAAAUUCAAAGCGAACUAGAACUUCGAAACGAACAUAAUUUUAUAGACUUAAAAUUUUAUAGACUUAAAAAAAGGCAAUGUUAUAGCAUAAAAAAACCUGUUAAAAAAAUAGAAAUUGCUGUUUAGUCGCAAAAAUUUUCACAAAAAAAUUACGAAAAAUUUUCUCAAGAGUGGGCGGGGCCGGGCCGGGGCGGGCCAAAACCGGGCCGGGCCGGCCCGGGAUUUGGCAAGUCUGCUUUCUAUUUACUUUUCAGCGCACAAUCCGAAGAUUGAGCGAAAAACCCGGAAAAACAACCAAAAAAAUUUUUCAGAUUAUCGAUUUCUUUGGCGUCACGGCACAGAAAAAAACAUUAAUUUUUUUUUAAUAUUGUAAAUAAGUGUGUUUAGUGAAAAAACGAUUGAAAAUAAAAGAAAUUUGCACGAAAACGGAAAAAAAUCCAAAGAAAGGGGAAUUCCAUCCGGGGACUAGAAAAAUCUAGGCCAGCUCUUCCAUCUAUUUUUCCCCUAUUUUCAGGAGUCACAAUCUUCAUGUCCCUUUGCGUCUUCAUGAUAAUGGUGGCCGAGGCGAUGCCGCAGACCAGCGAUGCGCUUCCGCUGAUCCGUAAGCUCGCGUUUUUUUUUGUUAUUUUCGCGAAAUUCUACACCACUUGCAGAAAUCUACUUCUCGUGCAUAAUGUUCCAAGUGGGCGCGUCGGUCGUCGCCACCGUAAUCGCCCUCAACUUUCAUCAUCGCUCGCCGGAACAGUACAAACCGAUGAACAAAUUUGUGGGCGCUUCUAGAAGUUAUUGACGGAAAAAAGUGAUUUUGCAGUUGAGAACGUUGCUGCUCAGCUGGUUGCCCACACUUUUGGGCAUGGAGCGGCCCGAUGUGUUGGAGAUGUCCGUGCACGGAGCACACUACGCGUCGGCAAACAAAAAGUAGGCGUUUUUUCGCCAUUUUCCACUCUUAAGCACUGUCUCGCCAACAAUCGAGCUAAUGCUAAAUUGAGCGCCGCGUUAAAACGGAGUGUCGUUGAUGAAAACAAAAGCGAGUCUCUGAAAUUUCUGGAUUUUUUCUCCGAAAACCCCGAAAUUUCAUCCGAAAAUGAGAAAAAUGAGGUGAAACAGAGAAUUUCCGAAUUGUUAAUGACAGCUGUGACCUUAAGUUAGCGUUUUGCCCACAAGAAAGCGCGCAUUAUUACACUUUUCGGCGAAUUUCGGUCCGGAUCCUCAAAAACUGAACUUUCUCAGUCAUUUUUGCAUAUUAUGCGCUGCCUCUUGGCUCAAAAUGACCGCCUUUGUCUGCUGAAUAAACGUGGGGCAAUUGUUUACUCGAAACUUCCGAAAAUUCGCGUUUUUUCAAGCCAAAUUUAAAAAACGAAAUUACUCUUCGAAUUUUCAGUUUUACACGAGCACACUCUGUGUAAUUAUUUUGUAGCUAUAGUGUGCAUAAUCCCAAAAAAUCGGGAAAACCGCGUUUUCAUUCGAAAAACCGAGAGCCGCACGCAAAAAAGCGCGCGAAAAUUUUUUUUUGCGCCAAAGGCGAGACAGUGCCCUUUUCAAGCGUCAUUCUUCCAGAAAACAACGUCAGUACCUGAUAGAAGUGGAGCGUCACAUCCUGACCCGGCCGAACGGGAACGGUCAUUCCGCAGUCGACAAGGCCAUCCACCUGGACCUCUCCUCCGGCUCCAACCACCCGCCGAAAGGAGGAGGAGGAUCGCCGUCGCCGGCGAAACGCGCUCCACAAACUACGAUCCUCGGAAUGAGCGGCGGCGUGCCGACGACGCAGAUGAACGGGCAGGCGAUGAUGGACUGUUCGAUCAACAAGUACACGUGUACCAAGCUCACGGUAAGUGUCGAAUUUUCGGAUUUGGAUUUGGAUUCAAGACGUCAAGACAAACGUUUUGAUAUACAUAUUGUCGAUUUUGAUAGUUUCCGGCUUUUUAGGUCGAUUUAGGCCCAAAUUUCUUUGACAAUAUGAGUAUCAAAUUGCUCCAAAUCACGCGGAGAACACGAAAACCUUGCAGAGACCGCUGGAAAACGGCUACGUAAAGCAGCAGCAGGCGUCACCGCAAAAGUCCGUGUUCGACGAGCGUCACUUCCAUCACAUCCUCAACGAGCUGCGCGUGAUCUCGGCCCGCGUUCGGAAGGAGGAGGCCAUUCACGAGCUGCAGGCGGAUUGGAUGUUCGCGAGCCGAGUCGUCGACCGCGUCUGCUUCCUCGCCUUCUCGGCCUUCCUCUUCCUCUGCACCGCCAUCAUUUCGUUCAAUGCGCCGCACCUUUUUGUGUGA